AUACAAUGUGUGUUGUCCAUUUUAAAAGAUGUGUGGCUCUAUAUGAAAUGUGGUUCUUGUUCAAGUCAUGUAACAUGUUUUUUUGCUGAAAAUAUAAUACUUGCUCUUUAAGUUGCCUAAUGUUACUCCUUGUAAGAAAAUUUGUUGCUCUGUAUGUAAUAAUGGAUGCUCCAGGGCAGUGACUUAUAUUUUAACUCAUUUCAAUGGUUGUCCCUUUACAAAGGUGUGUUGAUAUGUAUGAAAUGUGGUUCUUGUUCAAGUCAUGUAACAUGUUUUUUUGCUGAAAAUAUAAUAGUUACUCUAUUAAGUUACCUAAUGUAACUCCUUAUAAGAACUUUUGUUACGCUCUAUGCACCAGACUGGUGUUCCUUAAAAAACUUUCUCCCUAGACAACUGUACAUUGACGAUAGGAAGGUGGAAAACAAAAAACUAUUGUGGAAAUGGACUUAGAUUAGGGAAGUUUUAAAAUAACAAUUGUGGUUGAUGGUAUUCGAUCAUUGUUGAAGGCUAUGUCCUCGAGUUCAGUUAGUUCAGGUUGUAGUUUGACGAGAAAGUGCCAUUGUGGUGAUGAAGUUGUUUUGAAGCCUUCUGGAACUGAUUUGAAUCCUGGUAGGAGGUUUCUUGGGUGUCCUAAAUAUCCGGAUCCAAACCGUUGCAGUUUCUUCGAAUGGGUUGAUGAUCCCAUAUGCAAGCGUGGCAAGGCUGUUAUUCUUGAACAAAAGGAAAUGAUAGGCAAGUUGUAUGACCAGAUUAAGUAUAUGCGAGAGAAAGCCAACUUCUUUGAGGACAAAGCCAAGGAGUAUGAGAAGAAGGCUCAAGAGUAUGAGGAUAAGGCAAAAGAGUUUGAUAACAUGACUCAAGUUUAUGAGUGGAGGAUUAAGGAGAUGAAGAGAAUUGAAAGAAAGAAAAUUAAGGAGGCUAGGACAAUGGAAAUAAAUAUUUGGAUGAAAUUGCUCGUGGCACUGCUGGUUAUGGAGAAUGCGGAAAAGAAAACAUUGACAGGUUUUUGCUACUGGAGUGGGGAACGAAAGUUAAAUGCCAAUGGCACCUUCUUGUACAACGGUGGGACGUGUGUAGCUGUUCUACUUGAGGAAGGAAGUAAAAUAAAUGAGUUACGUGAGAAGGUUUGUGGUGCCCUUAACAUGAAUUUGGAAGGUAAAUUGUACUUCUAUAACACAAAGAGGGACAAGACAAAGUAUGUAACAUUGAAUGAUGACAACGGUGUUGCAAUGUUGUUCCACCUGAACGAAGAUGAUGUCGACUUGUUCGUAGAAGAUAUAGGACAAAAUAAUGACAAUAUCCCGACCUUUUACGAUUCAACAAGGGAAUCGAUGGUCACUCACAACAUUAGCUCGCCUGGAGGAACAGUGGCAGUACCUUCUCCCAGUCAGGUAACCAAUAGUUCUAGCCAAGAGAUGGGGUUGGUACCGUACUUGCCGGAAAAUGCAAAUGAGAUAUUAACCUGGAAGGGUCAACUAUUUGAUAGCCCUGACCUAUUCAAGCAAUCAGUACUACUAUUUGCUGCAUCGAACAAGUUUAGCUUCAAUUACUUGGAUAAUAGUAGAACGUACUACCGAUUGGUAUGUAAAGUAGUGGGGUGUCCUUGGAAGCUUACGGCAAAAUGUGAGGGUUCCACUGAUUUGGUUCGUAUCAUAAUGUUUAGGAAUGAACACCUACAUAAUGUAGAAGAUGCUAGUAAUUAUAAGUUGACCUUUCGCAGUAAACAAGUGGGCUUGCUUUUCAAGAACCGAAUUGUGGACAAGCCUGGAUAUUUGCCGAGGGAUAUUUGCAGGGACUUUGAGCAUACCUUCCAAUGUUGUCUGAAUUACAGUCAAGGAUGGAGGGCGAAAGAAAAGGCAAAGGAAGCCAUCACAGGACCUCCUUCGAUGACUUUCCACCUAGUCCCAUGGAUGUGUCGACGGCUUGUUGAAGCCAUACCAAACACGAGAGCAAUAUGGACGUCGACAAAUGAAGGCAAGUUUAAGCAACUAUUUGUUUCUUAUGGUUGCUCUAUUGCUGCAUUCAGAAAAGGUUAUUUAAGGCCUGUGUUGAAAUUGGACGCAUAUUUCUUGACUGGAUACUAUCGGGGCCAUGUUAUAUCGGCUAGUGCACAUGAUGCGGACGAUGGGUUGUACCCCCUAGCAUAUGCCAUUGUGUCUAGUGAGAAUGAUGAAGACUGGUUAUGGUUCUUGAUUAAUCUUAAGGAAGUUAUUGGAGGACGUCAAGUUGUGUUGGUCACCGAUCGGAACACUUCUUUGUUGAGUAGUAUAAUUAAGGUUUUUGGCGGGGAUUGUAAUUCAUGGUGUCUCCGUCACCUAAAGGAAAACUUCAGCAAGUCUGCUAGCUCAAAGGGGUUGAAAGCUGAAAGACGGAACACGGCUCUAAAGGUGGUUAAUGAUCUUGCGUAUGCAAGGACCGAAGACUCAUUCAAGUCUCAUUUGGGCAAGUUGUAUGGGAUUUGUCCUGAUCUUUCAAAAUGGGUGGAAGAUAACAAUCCAAAGCACUGGUCGAAUGCUUUUUUCCCUUACAAGAGAUGGGACAAGAUGUACACAAAUUUGGCUGAAUGUUUCAAUUCUUGGCUAUUGCCAUUAAGGGAAUUGGACAUCAUCCAAUUUAUGACAGGACACGUGUCCAAGACCACUGAGUUGUUGCUUCGUAAGCAUAUCGAGGUUAGGAAAUGGAAAUUGCCAGUUGGGAAACAAAUUAAGGAUGACAUUAAGAAGUCUCAAGAAUAUGCACAAAAAUUUACGCAUCGUAACUCCUCGCCGACUAAGUUCAUUGUCGCUAAUGACACUAGGCGACUUUAUGCAGUCAAGCUGAUCCCACGUAGUUGA